UUUAACUCAAACCCCCUUGGACCUGAAGCCCCCCCAUCUCAGAAAAAAAGAAAAACAGAGAUAACUGAUGGUAUCGUGGACUUCAUUGCCCUGGACAUGAGGCCUGUUAACCUAACAGAGGGCGUGGGGUUUAAGAUGAUGAUGAAAAUCUUGGUGCCUGGUUACACCGUUCCCAAGAGAGAAACUAUUCUGCAUGCUCUGACUGCGAAAUAUGAUUACACAAAAGAGAAGGAUUUGGAGUCUAUCAAAAACAGUUGCGCAGUAACGCAGUUUUACAACCGACAUGUGGACCUCACUGAGAAUGGAGUCUUACAUGACCGUCACUGUACAUUUCAUUACAGAGGCCUGGAAACUGCAGUGUCUUGUGCUGGAGACAAAA